AUGGUCACCCAGACUUGCGACCUCAAAUUCUGCUCUGUGGUUGUAAAACCACCCAGUGUCAUGUUAGAAUUUUGCCCAUAUGUAAGUUACAGUUGCUACUACAGCUAUUUGUUUGUAGCUAUAUUUAGUAAGCUGCAAUCAUUAGGUUGUGAUCAGUAUGCUAGUUUGGUAGUUAGUUUUGCAGCUUUUUUUAUGCAAAACUUCCAUUUGAGUGUUCUGAGUAUUUUAUACAAAAAUUGCAUCAGCAAAACAAACUUCUGUCUUCCCAAAUUUAAAAAUAUUGAAAUGACUGAAGAGGAACAUAUAUAUACACAAAGUUACAAUCUGUUCAGAAUCAUAAUUUUUCAUAAGGAACGAAAUGAUGAACUUUGUACUGCAGCAAAGAAGGAAGAAAAUAUGGUUACUGAAGCCAUGGAGGGUAUUGAAAAUAAAACAUGUGUCAAAUUCACAAAGCAGGAGAAGCAGAAGCAAUAUAUUUUCUUGACGAAAAAGAGAGAUGGGUGUUAUUCAAUGGUUGGCUAUCGUGCAACAGCUCAAGCUCAUACAUUGAAUUUACAGUCCCCAGAAUGUUUUGAUCAGGUGGGAACAAUUCAGCAUGAACUUCUACAUGUACUGGGUUUACUUCAUGAGCAAGCAAGACCUGACAGAGAUGAUUUUGUGAAGAUUUACUGGGACAAUAUGGAUAAGGGAAGGCUGGGUUAUAUUUGA